AUGAGAGUGGAAGAAGAGAGCCUCUUGAAGAUAAUCGGGUCGCCGUCACAACAUAAUGGAAGCCCAGAAUAUCAACUUGAUGCGCAAGAGUGCAAGGCUGAUGAGGGAAGUGACGGUGGCAGCAGCCCCGCAAAACUUCUGAGGCCCCCUAACAGCGUGGCACAAGCAGCAGCUGCACUGCCCAGGGCUCAUGUAGACGCAACAAUAUUCGUUCAAGAAGAGAAGACACCAACAGCAUGCAUAGACCCCCGAAAAAUUUUGGCUAUGCCUGCAAGAAAAGAGAUUCUAAGAGUAACGGAUAACAGGAUGAGCUCCGUAACGCAAAAAUCUCCCAGAAAGGAGGAUGCACUGUUGGAGCAAGAGUUAGGAAGCAAAGAGAGUGCAGUCGCUGAGUUAAGCUAUGAAAAGUUAGAGGGUGCAGAGGGCUCUCCAUGUGCGUCUUGCUGUUUUAGCAGUGAAGAGGCCGGGUACUACGUGAAUCACGCCGACGGAGAGAACAAGAGCAGUCAUAACACGGAACAGCGGGGCUUGCAAACGCAGCAGCAACAGCAGCAGCAACUAAUGCAGGAAAGCCAGGGUAUCUUGGCACAAGCGAUGAUACAGGAUUCACAGCAAGCUACACAGCAGCACCCACUUGGGGACCAAAUGCAUUCUGAAGAGCAUCAACUGCGUCCAACGCAGCAAGACCAGGAUGCAGAAGAGCAUCAGCAGCCACGAACGCAACAUGACAAAGAACCUGGUGAACCCCAGAAUGAAGUUCUGCAACGGCACAAGGAGCAGGAAGAAUGGUGGCAGCAGAACGAGUGGCGAAAGGAACAAGCGCACCAGCAGGUGCACAAAGAACGCACGAAGGAGCGGCACCAAGGUCGCGAGCUGCGGGCAGUGGAACAGCUAGAGCACGAACAAGAAGGUUGGAAGAGUCAAAGCGAAUGUACAAGACAGCAGCAGUGGGAAGGGAUGCAGCAAUGGGAGCAAUACAAGCGGCAGGAAGAGCUUCAGCCCGAGCAAGAGCAGCAUGAACAGGGGCAGCCAACGCAAAAAACCAGGGAUAAUCAACAGUUGCAAUGCCAGAAUCAACAAGCUGAGUUACUGUAUCAGGAUAGGGUGCUUGAGAAGGAGCUGCAGGAGCUUCCGACGCCACACCAGCAAAAGCGGGUGAAGCAACACAAAGAGCAGCAAGAUCAGCCGCUAGGAAAGCCUCCAAAGCAGGAACCUUUGAUGCAACAGAUCCAGAUGCAACAAAACCAGCAACAGAAAAUGAGUUCUUUAACUGAAGAGGACCAGCAACAGCAAAAGAAAUUGCAAGAUGAGCACACGCAGCAGCAAGAGCAGCAGCAGCAAGAGCAGCACCACCAGCACCAGCAGCACCAAAAAGAGAGACGGCAUUCGGCUCAGCAGCAAGAGCGGCAGGUGCAAAAGACGUGUCCAGAGGGCAAGGAGCAUAGAAGAUUUGGCGAGAGGCAGCAGCAUUUACAUGGAGUGCUUAGCAAAGAGCAGCAGCAAGGGCCCAUGCAACAUCAAAAACUUCAGCAUUUUGAGCAACGCCAAGCAAAGCAAAAUCAGCAAGCGUACUGCAUAAGUAAUGAAGAGCAGCAGCACGAAUUUAUGCGGCAGCAAAGUGAUCAAUCUUCUGAGCAGUGUUACCCACUGCAGCAGGAGCAGCAGCGCCAACAACAAGUGCAUUGCAUGGCUGAAGAGACAAGGCAGUACGAAUGCUCACAACAUCAAAAGCGGCAUCAUUUCGUGCGACAUAAGGAGCCAGAGCAGCACGAGGUGCAGGAACAGACAAUGCAGCAACAGCAACAACACCAGCAGCAGCAAGUGGAGCUUUUCCUCAGAGAACAGCAACAGCAUGAGUCUUCGCUGCAUCGAAACCAAGACACUUCUACACUAGAGCAGCAGCAGCAACAGAUCCAACGGCAGAGGCAGCAGCAGCAGCUGCUGCUGCAGCGUACAUCCCGGUUCAUUUCUUCAGCUGAAAUACAACGUGCAAAAUUGCCAGUAAUCGAGCCCGGGGAAUUCUGUGGACUGGACGGCCAUUUUGGGGAUGCUAGCAGCGGGGAGGCCAGAGACGAAUUUGGGGGAUCCCCGGGAGCACUACCGUCGAUGGGCAUUGCAGGCUCCGUGAGCCCAGGGAUGCUGAUGGUCUCCAGGAGCAGUACAACAUCUGAUUUGCAGCUGCAGACCGAAACGUUACAGCUACUACCGUCAGGAAGCGGCCAGGAUAACAUGCCUGCAGUGGGACCUCUGACAGUGGCUACAGCUUUGGCAACCGCUGACGGGCGGCUGGGAGAAGAAGGAGAGUUUUUGACACCAAUGGAGGCUGCGGAGCGUGCUGCAGAGUUUGCUUUGGCUGCUGAAAUGGCGGCUCGUCGCGCAACAGAGCUAGAAGACGGGCAACAACCUGAUACUGCAGAGGGGAACCUGAGGUGCCUGAGGGCAGACCUCGUGCAAUCAUCUCCUCUGUGUUUGAUGCCAGAGGCGUCUGCUGAUGAUUCCAGUUCCCUCCAGUUCUUCCUGUCCAAUCGUAGGACCCUCAACAGAAAAAGAAGAAGCGGUGAUGCAGCUGGUGGUGCGGCGGCGCCAUCGACCACAGCAGCAGCAGGGCUCCUUCCCAGGGCCCUGGCGCUGCCCUCUGGCAGCUGCGCGCCUCUUAUUGAAGAGGGACAAGAGAAUAAAGAUUCAGCUAAGGCAGCAGCUCAAUACUAUUCAGUCUGUGCCAUCCAAGCUGCGGGUUUGGCGGUUGCUGGAUGUAUGCAGUCCCUCCAGGGGUGUCCGUCAGUUCUGGUGCAGACCAGGCUAGCCGAGCAGUUGCAGCAGCUACUACAAAAUGAAGCUCCAGGCCUUGCCCCACUCCCUCAAGGACUACCAGGAAGCAACAGGACACAGAAAGAUGCCGGCGGCAACGGAGAGAAAGCAUCGGAGGCUGAAGGAGGUCUUCAAGCUGAAGCCAGCCAGGCUGAUGUGCCCCCACUGUGCCAGUCAUCUACUACCAGUAGCGUCAGCAAGUCCAGGCACCAGCACUCCCUGCAGCAUCCACAGCAAGGAAAACAAUUUCAAAAGGAAGCUUUAGACGGUAGCGCACAAAAACAGCGCGAGCUGAAUGAGCAGGCACGAGAGCUGCAAAAGCAGCAACGGAUCUCAGAGGAGUUGCAACGGACGGCGAUGGAACAAAAGCUGCACGCGCAGCAAGAGCUGCAGCAGGCUUUGCUGCAGCAACAGGAAGCACAGCAAUUGUUGGCACUGAUGCGUCAAAGAGAAGAAGACCUCAGUCAGCAGAGAGAGCAGCUGGAGAUGCAGCAGGAGGUGCAGAGAAGGCUGCAGCAAGAGCUGCAUAUGCGAGGUGUGCAUCAGCGGCAGCAAGAAGUGCUGCAGCAGCAAAUGCAACAGCAGCAACAAAUGAGGCAUCAUCAGCAGCGCCAGCAGCUGCAGCAUGAAGAGAUGCUUGCGCAAAUGAAGCAACAGCUACUGGAGCAGCAGCUGUUGAGUCAUCAGCAAGUUGUGGCAGACUUCGAAAAGAAAGCAGCUGACCAGCUGCGACAGAGGGAGUUGCUGCAACAGCAGCUGCACCUCCAACUGGAGGAUCUCAGGCUUCGGGAUCAGCAGCAGAAACGACAAGAGGAAGAGCUGAGGCAGCGGCAGCACCAAUUAGAGCAACUUGAGAACCAAUUAACGCUGCGAGAGAAGCAAAUACAGCAACAGCAGGACGAGCACCAGGCAAGGGAGCAUCAGCUACAGCAACAGCAGCAAAAAGCAGAGGAAGAACAUUUGCAGAAGAAAGUCAGAUUAGAACAGAUUGAGAAGGAAAUCAGCCAAAAGGCGGCAAAUGUUUCUGCUGCAGCAGCGGCUGCGGCUGCUGCGAUAGACUCCCCAGAUGGGAGUCAGCCAGUUUUCUCGUUCGUCACUUCGCUGGCGUCAAAAGGGGAAGACACCAUACAUGAGAUGCAGCAACUUGAGCAAAACCUCGUGAAUUUGUGCCUUGGGUAUCUGCAGCAGCGCAAGAGGCAUUUGGCGCUUCUACGGAAGCCACUAGAAACUGAAGGCAAGCUCCUCAGGCUGGCGGCUGCAGAUCCACAAGCUCCAGGGCAUGUUGCUGCAACGGCAGCACGGCCUGCUGCUGGUGUUGCUAUACCUAGAGCAGCACCAGCGGACGUUUCAGGUACCUUUGACGCCUCAUCUGAGGGCCAGUGCAGACUCGUAGCUUCCAAGUUGAAGGCCUGGAAUGCAGCUGCAAGGCAAGUGGCAACACUUGCCGAUGAGCACAAUCACGUGUUUGAUCUCAAAAUUCAGAUGCUUAUGUGUGUCCGUUUUGCCUUGCUAGCCCUAACAAGGCGGGCCAACUAUCUUGCCGGUCCAGGGGCCCGCGGCGCAUCUCCUGGUGAUACAUCCCAAGAAGCGUUGGCUAGACCCGCUGUUGCCUCCGUUGCGCCUGUUGCCAUUGGCAAGUGGUUCCUGCCUAGCCAGCCGCAGCCUUGCGUUACCUUAGACCCGAUUCAACAAAUGAGCCACAGCAGCUCAGGCCCCGCAACCACUGCUGCGGGUUUUCCUGAGUUGACUCUACAGACAACCAAUUGCCAGGGCCUCAACACAGCAGCAACGCCUGCAGUUGCGCCUUCAGCGCCGCCAGAAGGGCUAGCAGAUCAACCGUGGCAGGUUCGAGCCUCGGAGUCUGCAGCUGAAGCAGUUUCUGGCGGUCCAGCUGUAGCAACAUCACAAAUCUUGCACCAGCAGCAAAGUGGACGGAGCAACCGAGUCGAAGAAAGCAGCACGGUUGGCUAUGGCAGGGCAUCAACAGUGACAGAUGGGCCCCCUGAGCGCUUAAGGUCAAGCCCUUCGGAGGUCUUCCGCCGCCUGCCUUCGGGAUUGAACGUGGGAGAUUUAUCUGUGCUGGGGUUCACUGGAACGGCAGUUGCCGAAACCCCUGCAGGAUUUCUUGAUGGGCCACUUGGGGAGGCAUCCCAUGGACACAGUGGAGUUCCAAAAGUUGUGCCCACUCCCGCAUUUAGCAGCAACCCUCCCUUCCAGCUGGCCACGCUGAAUGGUGUACGGACACCUCAAGGUCAGAUGAUCCCCAUGCUAACUCCUAGGAAAGUGCCUCCAUUGCCUGUGGGCUCGUUAGCCCGUCGAGGUGAAGCCGCUGCUACGGCUGCUGCUGCAACUGUAGCAGCAGCUGGACGGGAAUGGGGAACUCCUCGGCUGCAGCUGCAGAGGAGGCAGCAAGUAUCUCCCCUACGACCGUCCCAGGGCCUACCCUACAGAAGCUGA